UUCUAGCGUCCACGCUUGUAACGCACGCCGGUGCCGGGGUAAUCGCGCUUUUCUCUGAAUAAGCUCAAACAAGAUAAGUUUCAAACCCCAAACGGCCGCUCAAAUUUCCCUCGAGGGGUAAUUAUGCAGCGCGCGCAGAGGUGACGUCCUAUUACUUUAGUCCCAAACACUAACAAAUGCCACUAGAGUGACAGUCGGGCUAGAGUGGGGGGAGCAACGGACGUCCAACCCGGCGACCCGGAGUGAUGAAGAGGUCUUUGGGAUGCGGGGGAUAGGAAGGGAUGCUCUGCAGCGGUUGUUCAGUCACUGAAUCGUAAAAGAGGACGCAACAAUGAGCCUGAAUGGUUAAGACUGGAUAUUAUCUGAGGAACAACGCAUCACACUACUGCUGUAAACUGAACGUUGCGGGAUUUUGCUCACUGCUUCAAAAGGAAUUCAUUGCAGUUGUUCAACGUGGAUCCACUGCACCAUUCAGGUAUUUAAGUGUGCAUAAUAGAGUUUCAUGAAGAAUGGCCAGAUUAUCAUAAUGCUGGAAUUAACUCCCUAUCCUGGACUUUUGCAGAUAUGGGAUAUGGACCACAUUGCAGCGCCAAAAUGAGAAGUCUGUGGGUCGGUGUUUUGUUCAUGACAUUCACCUGCCAUCUGAGCCUUUCCCAGUCUACUACAGGGAUUCCUAAAGAGUCAGAGCUCAAUGAUAACAUCACAGUAUUCACACGAAUCCUGGAUGGAUUGCUGGAUGGCUACGAUAACAGACUGCGACCUGGGCUUGGAGAGAAAGUGACAGAAAUUAAGACCAACAUCUUUGUGACCAGCUUUGGACCAGUGUCAGACACUGAGAUGGAAUACACCAUUGAUGUGUUUUUCCGUCAAAGCUGGAAGGAUGAGCGUUUGUGUUUCAAGGGGCCAAUGGAGAUGCUACCUCUGAAUAACCUGCUGGCCAGCAACAUCUGGACACCAGACACCUUUUUCCUUAAUGGCAAAAAAUCCAUUGCUCACAACAUGACAACGCCCAACAAGCUUCUGAGACUGAAGGAUGAUGGGACAUUGCUGUACACCAUGAGAUUGACCAUAUCAGCGGAGUGUCCCAUGCAGUUGGAGGAUUUUCCUAUGGAUGCUCAUGCCUGCCCACUCAAAUUUGGCAGCUAUGCCUACCCUAUCUCAGAAGUGGUGUAUAAAUGGACUAAAGGCCCUGGCAUGUCUGUGGUAGUGGCAGAGGAAGGGUCACGUCUCAACCAAUACCAUCUGAUUGGCCACACUGUUGGUACGGAAGAUAUCAGCACAAGUAGAGGUCAAUACACAGUCAUGAUGGCCCAUUUCUACCUGAAGAGGAAGAUCGGUUACUUUGUGAUUCAGACCUACAUGCCCUGCUUCAUGACUGUUAUUCUGUCCCAAGUCUCAUUCUGGCUCAACCGUGAAUCUGUCCCUGCCAGGACUGUCUUUGGUGUGACCACAGUGUUGACCAUGACCACCCUCAGCAUCAGCGCCCGCAACUCUCUUCCUAAAGUAGCAUAUGCCACUGCAAUGGAUUGGUUCAUCGCUGUUUGCUAUGCCUUUGUGUUCUCUGCGCUUAUCGAGUUUGCCACAGUCAACUACUUCACCAAACGCAGCUGGGCAUGGGAUGGAAAGAAGGCCUUGGAGGCUCAGCAGCCUAAAAAAAAAGACCCACUGGCACUCUCCAAAAAGCCAAACAAUGCCUGUUUGUCUGGAGUUAACUUCACGAAGGAUGCAGCUAUCUCAACCAUCUCCAACAGCACCACUGUCCAGUUGAAGAGCGCUGAGACCAAGCCUGCAAUGGACCCCAAAAAGACUUACAACAGCGUCAGCAAAAUUGACAAGAUGUCUCGGAUAGUGUUCCCGGUCCUCUUUGGGACUUUCAACUUGGUCUACUGGGCCACAUAUCUCAACAGGGAACCGGUGAUUACUGGAGCCGAUUAGCCCCUGCUAAGCCCCCUAUGCCACUGCGACAUUCCCUUCACAACCUCUUUUUCUUCUCCACUUCAAUACUCGACGACAAGCUGACCUUGCAAAAAACGAUGACGAGCACUUAUUUACUGCACCUCUCACUUUGCUAUUCUAUAAGAGGAGUGCUCCUGGUGAAUUUUCCUCCUGAUAUCAUAAAUUGCAUGAUAGAUUCAAAGCUCUAUGGGAAUAUAAUUGCCAUAUCUGCCUUGACUUCGUACUUUAUAUUUCUCUGGUUUCCACAGGUUAUUGCAUUCAUUUUACAAUGAAUUGAGAGCCACAGAAGCUCCCAUUUCAGUCAUGAAAAUUUUCCAAGGGAUGUGAACAAAAAUGAAUACAUUUGGCAUCAACAUUAUCACAGUAUAAAAAAAAAAACAUAUAUUGAAAAGAAGUACAGCAAGGCCAAAUGCUAUGCAAAAACCAUUUUCUACUAUGUUGAAAUGGGUAAUUGCUUAUAAUGAAACCCUUGCUUUGUAUUAACGCAUUUCAGCCUUCUCUUCUUUUUUAUUAGCUUUAGCAUCAAUGGUGUAAGGCAGACAGAUGCUAUGCUAAGUUUUUAGCCAUGCUAAAAAUGUUGCCUUCAGAGGGAUUACUUCAUACGCGUGCUCGGGAAUGUCCCACAAUUACUGAUUUCACUUUCGUUUGUCAUUUGUUUCUAAGCUUUUUUGAAGUAGCUAAAUAGAAUUGUGCACCUUAGGCAGCUUUUCACAAUUUAGACCAAGAUAUCCUGCAAGGUGAACAAGGUUGGGUUGCAGCGAAUCAUUUGUACAUAGCUUGUGUAUGCUUUGCUUUUAGCGUAGAUGCGGCUUAACAUUAGUGAGGAAGAGCUGAAAAUGGUUCUGAUUCACUAAUCUAAUGUGCAGCCAAAGCGACAUGAAUGAUGGUGAAAACGCAGAUUGUAUCGUGAAAUAUUGUAGGCUUUGACAGAAUGUGGCAUUUCUUUACAGUUAAUAGUUUUCACAUUGGCUUUUCAUGCUGUUUAUGCGAUAGCCAUUUUCUUAUUUUUUGUCUGUGUUGUAAAUUGGCCAGUGGGUUUUCGAGGUUGGAACGAGUCAGCAACAGCCUUAAACGUUGACACCUAGUGAUAUUUUCUUUGCGCUACCAUGUAGACUAAUGUGAAAGGAUCAGGUAAACAGGUCUGAAAACAAAAUAAAAGAAACAUUCACAUUUAAUAAUUCAAACAUUCAGAUUCUAAAGACAGGAAAAGGGCGAGAAUGAAGGCCAACUGUACAGUAGAAAGGUGGAACCUGCUAUUGUCAGACAUGUUCAAAUUGGAUCUUGUUGGAACUGAAAUGUCACACCAUAAUGCCAUCUCUUCAACCAAAACGCAUGGCUACUUAUUUGGGGAAUGAAAUGGAAGAGCGAACAAUGACCUUGAUAGUCCAAAAGUGCGACUCAGAAAGAUUCGGUUUUUAUCCUGUAAUCGUUCUAUUCUGAACUUGUUACGUGAAAGUGAGACGGCACAAAAACUAAGUGACCCUACAGAUGAUGUGUAGCUCAUUAAGAGGCCAACUACAAGAGCCAUUAAGCUCCUCUGUACACCACUCAGGCCUAUAGGAGAAUGAAUCAUUACAAGAGUUCAAGUGAGUCAGUAAUGUGCUCUUUUACAACAAUGGAUGUACAGCUGUUCCUCAAAGCAUACAUGUCUGAAGCAAUAAAUUCUGCCUGAUAUGU